AUGGCGCUGUCCUUGUUGCCGAAUGCGAAAGCUGCGGCUGGAUCUUCAAAGGGCAGUAAGGAGAAGAGCACACCCGGUGCGCGACCUGCACACGGGGCGCCACGCAGUCGUAACGGUCAGACGAAGAAUCGUCCACUGCCUAAGAAAGCAGCGCCGUCCGUGGUGCCGAAGGGAAAGAAGACCGCUGGCUUCCGGACUAAUGGCCAGCUUCGUAUCACGCCGACCUCUCUGAAGUCGCGAGUAACUCUCGAUAAUCUUGCUGAGGGUACGCAAGCCGCGCCCAUCUGCAUCGACGACGAUGGCGAUGAUGACAUCGGGGUCGCCCAGCAUCAAAAGAGCUCGGUUUCGGUCAACAACGACGCAAAGAGUCAACAAAGUCUCGUAAGAGCGUUUACGCCUCUCUCCAUGAUCGAUCAAAAUCGCGAAACCGAAGUUCCGUCUCUUCCCACAUCUACACCCGAAGGCGCCGAGCUGAAUGAAGACGUGCCUUCCGGCGCUUCGCGCGGCAGCAGCCCCAUCGAGAUUACCAGCGAAGAUGACGAGCAAGCUUCGGACACGGAGCCUUCUUCCCCCAUCGAUAGGUAUAAGUCUCCGCGGAGAAAGUGCUUGGUCAAACUAGGGCGCUACAGGGCUUUUCGCACAGGUCUGUACACGUUGUUCGCGACUACGAAACCGAAGGCGCGACAGAUACCGUUCGACAAAGUCCUCAGAGUCAUCAACAACACCCUUUCAGUCGAGAAGCAGUUCUCUCCUCUGGAAGCAAAGCAGGUCCUCAAAUAUAUGAGGGAGAAAUUGUUCGACUCGCUGUGCGCCGAUCGGGUAGUGGACGUGAACCUGGAGGGGAUCAAGUUGUAUGCGUAA